GACUGUCUGGGUGACGAGCUCUGCUACUUUUUGACCGGGUCUUUUCACUUUGACCCAUAUCAACAAAUAACAACAACAUUUUGCCUUCUGGACGCAGCAAUUAUACACAUCCAUUUCCCAGCGGAUAGUGGAAACGUUCGACAAGUCGCGUUCCGGUUUUUGGUCUUCCGUGCCCGGACGUCCCGUUCUUCCAUCUCGGCGUCGGCGCACCAGCCUCCCCCGCUCGGAGGGGCCCGUCUAUCAUCGGGCUGGCUGGGUCUAUUCCCAUGAUGAUGCGACCCACGCUGGCUCAGCACUACCACCCUCGCAGCGGCUUCCCUCUGGAAGUGUCAACUCCGCUGGGUCAAGGCCGAGUAAACCAGCUCGGUGGGGUUUUCAUCAACGGCAGGCCUUUGCCCAACCACAUCCGACACAAGAUCGUGGAGAUGGCCCACCACGGCAUCAGACCGUGCGUCAUCUCCCGGCAGCUGCGGGUCUCCCACGGGUGCGUGUCCAAAAUCCUGUGUCGGUACCAGGAGACCGGCUCCAUCAGACCCGGGGCCAUCGGGGGCAGCAAACCAAAGCAGGCGGCGACGCCGGACGUGGAGAAGAGAAUCGAAGAAUGCAAGCGGGAGCACCCGGGUAUGUUUAGCUGGGAGAUUCGGGAUAAAUUACUCAAGGAUGGAAUAUGUGACCGCGACAAUGUCCCUUCAGUCAGCUCCAUCAGUCGCGUCGUACGCAGCAAGUUUGGGGGGAAAGACGACGAAGAGGAGGAUGAGGAUGACCUGGACAAGAGCGAGCUGGAGGAAAGUGAGCGCAGGGCCAAGCACAGCAUUGAAGGCAUCUUGGGAGACAGAUCGAGUCACUCAGAUGAGGGUUCAGACGUGGAAUCAGAGCCUGAUCUGCCACUAAAACGGAAACAGCGGCGCAGUCGGACCACUUUUACGGCAGAGCAGCUGGAGGAGCUGGAGAGGGCCUUUGAGAGGACCCACUAUCCCGACAUCUACACCAGGGAGGAGCUUGCCCAAAGGGCAAAACUGACUGAGGCCAGGGUACAAGUAUGGUUCAGCAACCGAAGGGCCAGGUGGCGGAAGCAAGCUGGAGCCAACCAACUGAUGUCCUUUAAUCACUUGAUCCCAGGGGGUUUCCCACCUUCAGCCAUGUCCAGCCUUACUCCUUAUCAGCUCUCUGACAGCGCUUAUGCCUCCUCAUCCUUAACACAAGAGGCACCCAACACGCUACAUCGACCGCAGCCUCUGCCUCCCUCCUCGGGCCACCAAGUGCCCAGUGGGGGAGGACAAGGUGAAGGAAGCUCUGCCUACUGCCUCGCCUCCGGACGCCACUCCUUCUCAGGAUACUCGGAAAGCUUUGUGAGCCCCGUGGGCCCGGCCAAUCCCAUGAACCCGGCCAUCGGAAAUGGACUCUCUCCGCAGGUGAUGGGUCUGCUGAAUCAUGGUGGUGUUCCACAUCAACCUCAAAGCGACUAUGCCAUUUCACCUCUAGCCGGUGGUCUUGAACCACCUACCGGCAUGGCCACUAGUUGCAGCCAACGCAUGGAUCACAUCAAAGGUCUGGAGGGUCUGACCAGUGUUCCCUCCAUGUCAGCUCUUCCUUCCCUGCCCAGCUCGCAGUCCUACUGCACUCCGUCCUACAGCUCCCAGGGCUACACAGUUGACCACGUGGCGUCGUACCAGUAUGGCCAGUACGGACAAAGUAAGGUCCCCUUCCUUAUCUGAGGCCUGAGAUCGCCUGACCCAAAGCUCGAGUCCACAACGAAUGAAGACGAUCAUUCAGCAGCAGGACCAAAAUGAAAUGGAAUAUGUUCUUUGAUGCACGAUAUUGCAUGAUUAUUUCUUGUGGAGGACAAAUAGAUAGCUCUAAGAAGGGACCACAAGAAGGAGUAUCAGACCAAAAACUGUUCAUCCACUGUGGACAUUUCUGCAUCAGGAGUUCAGAUGGACAGCCCAGAUUUCAGCGCUUAAUUUGGUCAGUUCUGUACAUGUGGCACACUGACCAUCUUGACUUCCAGUUAGUCCACCAAUCGUGGGCCCAGUCCCUGUGGGGUCUUUUUUUUUUUUAAAUGACAGUAAACCCAAAUCUAUUGCUGCAAGACAGCCAGCUGUUAAUGUGACUUGAGGCAACAUGUUUACAUAUCUUAAAGCCACAUGAGGAUGUAUGAAAUUCCAUAUAUCGGCAAAUUAAUCUCCCAAAUCAAUUCUACCCGUGGGGGGGGGGGGGGCACGGAGGACACGGGCUUUGCUUGAUUUUAUCUAUAUGACAUUUGUUUGAGGUCCCACACAAGCCAAACAUGAAGAGAAAUUCUAGAGGCAAAGAAAGCAAACACAGGGAAAUGAAUACGUGGGUUAUAAUAUAUUAGAAAUGCUAACAUACACCACAGCUGUAUUGCUGAGGAAGUUCAUUAAAACCUCCAACCAAGCACUCGCCUGCCUCCUCUGUCUUCCUCUCUGUGUCUCAAUGACGUUUUGGACGGUGAGGCACAGAUCUUGGCCUUUUGUAGUGGUCCAGAGGCCUUGCGGGAGGUCAGGGGUGACAUUAGGGAAAGUGACAGAUGAGAGAGCAGUAGAAGAGAAGUGGUUUUAACAAAAAGGGGAGGGGGUGGGUGGUCGAUAGGCAAGAUCGAUCACAGGCUUAAACCCUUUUAAAGAGCUUUCUCUUGCGGGAAAAAGCCACCAGGUCACAAGUCACGACCACAAAACACUUGAGAAAGCAAAAGAGCAGCAAAGUUUAGAUAAAAGACGGACAUGCAUUUUCCCCGCUGAGCAGGAGUGCAAUAUGUCAUAUAUCGCUAGUCAGCCACAUCAUCUGAGAAAACAUUUGUCCUAUUUGAAAAUUCUUGUUUUUCCGAUAAUUUUUCUUACAGGGAAAAGUAAAAAAAAAAAAAAAAAAAGAUCAAGCACAAUACCAUGUUCAAACUGUACUUUCAUUUUUAAGCAGUAAUUAUAAUACAUUCUUCUCUGAAAAAUCAUUAUUGCGUAACCCCAACAAUAUGUCAGUUUUUCAACUAAUUAUAGUAUGUCGCUUUUUGUGCUCAUUCCCACUCAAAUUCUCAAGAGAACAGGAUCCACUUUGAUGAUAUCUGUGUUAUGGAAGCUCAUUAAUUAAGAAAGAGCUCAUGUGCUUUCAUCACACAAUUGGAACAUGACAAAAUACAUUAGGAAGGACCAAGCCAAUAUUAUCUGAUUAUAUUGUUGGAUCAUUCUGUCUCAAUUUUCCAGAAGUACAAAUAUAGAUAUGUCAGAUUCAUUCCGAACAUUUUUUUGCCACAAACCAUUCCAAAGUGCAAAAGGAGAUUUUAUCUGUCCCAUCCUAUCAAAAAUAAAAAUAAAAAGGAAAAAACAAGUUGCCCACAUGCAAGCACUCUGUUGUUUUAAUAUCUGUUAGACAUUCAGUCUAACAAUUCUUUUAGUCAUUAUAUAUAUGUUUUUGUAUUAUGAAGUGGUUUGACAUCAGGCCGUGUAUGUGUAUAAGCACAUUAUCAUUAUUAUUUAUAAUGAAAUAAAAAUUCU